AUCCUCUUUCGGGCAUGCGCAUUGGGGAGCAGGAAGCUCGCAGGAGGUGGAGAGUUGCACGUUGGCUGCGUUCCUCGGGCUCCCGGGUGUCGGAAAUUGCAAUGUGAACUGAGAAUGAAACAGCUGGAAGGGACUUUAAAGGCUAAGGAGACAAAGCCCCUCAUUCACAGAGGAGAAAAGCAGUGACCUGCAUACUUAGCAGCUAAAGAUCCUCACUGUCUGAGGGAGAAUUCUUUUCUCGAGAAAAGAUGUCUCCAAGGGAGCCUUUGCCCACUGUGCAGGACGUUCUGAAGAAGGCUUUCCGUGUGGUAGAGCACCAGCAUGGGCUCUGGAGGAGUACUCUGAGUGACUGCUCACCUCUCCUGACCUCCCUUAGCAACCUGGCGGAGCAGCUGCAAGCCAGUCAGAACGUGCAGCUGGAGGAGACUCCACUUCGGGCUUUCCCCGACCUGAAAGACCGCCUGAGACGAAAACUGCUAGCUGCUGGGGAUGCCAUCUUGGACCAGUUGGGAGAGAAGCUAAUCAGCCUCCUCCAGGUGCGAGAUACAGUCAGCAGCCAUGUGGAACAAGUGUUUGAGCUGUAUGAGCAGAAAGCGGAUGAACUAGGCCUUGAUGCAGUCUUGCAGCCUUCAACUGUUAGCCCCUCAUUGGCUGAUAUGCUGGCAUGGUUACAGGACAUCGACAGACAUUAUCGGAAUGCUUACCUGGAAAGGAAGUACCUCUUCUCCCAGAUCCAGUGGGGAAAUUUGCUAAACAUCCAGACUCUGCCACAAGCCUGGGAUCGAAUUUCAGAGAAUGACCAAGACCUCGUACGAGAUAUCCUGCUGAAUGUAUCCUUUUUCCUGGAGACUUAAGAAAGCUAUGUUUCUAUCCACAAAACAAAGAGACUUAAAGUCCAGCUUUAUUUCUUCUUCCACGUGUAUGAGAAGCACCUUUUGAUUCCCUGGAUGGGAUUCUGAGUAGCCAUUGUUCAGAGCCCCGCCCUGACUGCUCACAUGUAUCUGUGCUCCCCCAGUCUGGUGGGGUAAGUAGGUGGUUGGAUUACUUUGUUCAGACAGUUGGAGCCCUGUCUGUUGAUCUUGGUGCUAAUUUCUCUGACUGUAUCUUCUCCAGGGUGCUGACCCUAGUGUUUGGAAUAUACAUUUCUAGAGCACAGUUAUUUCAUAGAUUAUUGGGGCUAUGUUUCUGAGCCCAAGGAAUUUUUAUUCUAUAUGGUGUCUACAUGCAGACCAGUCCCUGGCCCUCACCUGAGGCCCAGGAAAGAAAAUCAUGUUGGUAAUGACAGAAGAAGUUGUCAGGGACUGCCCGAGAAUGUUGGAGGAGCUGAACUAACUGCUAAUGAGGGGCACUGUAAUGAAGACAGGCAAAGAGGCCCAGCCAGUGCCUGCUGGGCCGUGGUUUUGUCACCCAAAGUGUUUGCCCCAUUUGCUGUGCCUUUACCUUUGGGAAGAUACAUUUACUUUUAUCAGAAAUGUAAGGAGAUGUGAUGAACAAGUUUGUCUGAAGAAAAAAAUUCACAUUUAAAACUCUUCUGAGGGUUUUGGGGACAAAAAUGACAAAACUCAAUACUGGUAGGGUUGGAGAGAAAUAAAGAUGCUCAUGCUUUGCUAGUAGAAUUGUAAACUGGUAAGUCUUUGUGAAACAGAUGGUGGUGUGCUCUAAGUUCUAACUGUGCUGUGUGUUGUGUUCCUAGUCUUUGAUCCGAUAAUUCCCUUUCUGGGGAACUUACCCUGAAAUGCAUAUCAAAAAGAAAUUGUCCCAACAGUUCAGUAAAGAACUGUAAGUAGGAAUGCUAGUGAAUAUGAAAGUAAUAGGAAAAGACAGAUAUAAAAUAAUGAAAAAUGGAAAAAAUAGAAGCCAGGUUAAGUAAUAAGAGUAAAGUAAGCCCUUGAUAAGCCCUCUUCCCCUUGGAACUCUGUCCAUGUCUAGAAAUUGAUUAUCAGAGUAUUCCCCUGGAGAAGUUCAGCAUGCACACUAUGAGUGUAUGAACGAUAAUAUAUAUACAAAUCUAGGGGUAAAGGGAUGGAAACUACUAGAGAGAGUUAGAGGUUUGAACUUUUAAGUUGUUAAAUAAAUUUGUAUAUUGAAGUUCAUUUUAAA